AGCUGCCGAUAGGGAACACGGCACUGCCUGCCCUGUGUCCCGUCACUCGCCUUCGCUGCAGCUCCCGGACCCUUGGGAUCCAGGGAUACCGGACAAGGAGCGUUCCGUGACACCACCGAGCGCUUCAGGCCAUGCAUUCCCACUGAAAAUCACAAUCGGGGCUUGCAAGAAGGGCCCUGUGCUGGAUCCUGUGGGAUUCCUUUAUCCCCUCCUUCCUCCAUUCCGCUCUCAUCCCUCUUUUUUGCCAGGCGUGCCGGCGCUUCCUUCAUUUCUGGGAAACCAUGGACAAGAAGCAAGAUUCCAAAGGAUUGGAGCCACACAAACCGGUGAAAAGCAGGAAGAAAGGGGAACUGAGGAUAACAUGUGUCCCCAUCAAACAGCCUGUUGCCAACACAACGCCCCCAAGGAACCUGGACUCCAGAGCAUUUAUUACCAUCGGAGAUAAAAACUUCGAGGUGGAAGCCGAUGACCUGGUGGCUAUUUCAGAGCUGGGCCGUGGUGCCUAUGGUGUGGUGGAGAAGGUCCGGCACACGCAGAGCGGCACCAUCAUGGCUGUGAAGAGGAUCCGAGCAACUGUAAACACUCAGGAGCAGAAGAGGCUAUUGAUGGACUUGGACAUCUCUAUGAGGACAGUUGACUGCUUCUACACUGUCACCUUCUAUGGAGCCCUCUUCCGUGAGGGUGAUGUGUGGAUCUGCAUGGAGCUCAUGGACACCUCCCUGGAUAAGUUCUACAAGAAAGUAUUGGAGAAGAAAAAAACAAUCCCUGAAGACAUUUUGGGGAAAAUGGCUGUGUCUAUUGUACGAGCUCUGGAGCAUCUGCACAGUAAACUGUCUGUGAUCCAUAGAGACGUGAAACCUUCCAACGUGCUGAUCAACAAGGAAGGACACGUGAAGAUGUGUGACUUUGGGAUCAGCGGCUACUUGGUGGACUCUGUUGCGAAGACCAUGGAUGCUGGCUGCAAACCUUACAUGGCUCCAGAAAGAAUAAACCCUGAGCUGAACCAGAAGGGCUACAACGUGAAGUCGGAUGUCUGGAGUCUGGGCAUCACAAUGAUCGAGCUGGCCAUUCUUCGCUUCCCAUACGAGUCCUGGGGGACUCCCUUCCAACAGCUCAAGCAAGUGGUGGAGGAGCCCUCACCCCAGCUCCCUGCUGAUCGUUUCUCCAAGGAGUUUGUGGACUUCACAGCACAAUGCUUAAGGAAGAACCCUGCUGAGAGAAUGAACUAUUUAGAACUCAUGGAACACCCUUUCUUUACCUUGCACGACACCAAAGAGACUGACAUGGCCUCCUUUGUGACAGAGAUUCUCGGGGAAGACUCCUAACUCCAACCUCACGUCUUUGUGCAGUCCCCUCCAUCCUGGCUUCCAUGCAGAGGAGCAAAUGAGGACUCCAGUUAAUGGUGGUUUGCACACAUCGCACUUCCCCAGCCCGUGGGCAUCUCUGGCCCCAUCUGGCCUUGCAGUCUCUUUUCUCUUUGCCCUGUAAAUGCAAUCCCCCAGGAUGAGCCUUUUGAAGCCAACACCUUCCCAACUAAGCCACGGAGACAGAAGGCUCAGGAGUUCUGUGCUGACACCAGCAUAUCCCUGCUGGGCAUCUCCCCUUCCAGCACAGGGGGCUUAUGUUUCUUUGUUUCUCUGCUUGGGGAAGGCAGAGAGAGAAAACACUGCUGUGCUUGCCCCACUCUUCUCCCCUGCCUGCCCAAAGCCCCUUCCCUGCAGUCUGGUCUUGCUCACCUUCCCUUUAUGCCCAGCUCUUUGCCCCCAGGAGCCUACACAGCUCCAAGGGGGCUUUGGGGCUCCUUGUCUAUGCCUUGCACACCAGAGGCUGUUGUAAUGCCUGGCUUGACACCGUCACAGCCCUUCAAGGUAGCACCAGACUGGGCAUCCCCCUCCAUCAAUCAGUACCCUGCUCCCUUGGGGUGACAGAACCAUAACACAUCCUUCCAUGAGCCCACCUCGCUGCAAGCUCUCCCCACAGGACUUCUCCCAGCGCUCUCUUCCCUGCGUAGGCACAAGGAGAUGGAGACAAGCAGGUCCCUGGGUGCUGCCUCUCUCCCUUCCAGCCCUGGGCUGAGGAUGCAUCUCCACUGAGAGCAUCCAACACCUUCUGCCUUCCCUGGCUCCUGGAGAAGACCUUGUUCAUCUCCUCUCCACCCCGGAGCUCACGUAAGACCUUGCACUGUGACACCAGCUCUAUUGGAGGCUCUACUUGCACCCCUCAUGUCCCAAACUGCCUUUGAACCCUCCAGCUGCCCACCAAGGUGUCAGCCAAGCCCGAAAGCCCAGUGACUCACAUGGGGGCUGCCGCCGGUUGUACAUUUGAUGUCUAUAUAUAAUGGACUUUGUAACAUGCUUCCUAGUUUUAAUCUAACUUGCUAUAAAUUAAAGCCCUUCUGCGUGGGAGAAGGGAGGAGCAGUUCCUUCUCCACUCACAAAUCCACUGUGAAAACCUGAUGUGUUUCCCCACGUUCCCAGCCUGAGCACACACUGCGAGGAGCUACGGGAGCAAAAGGGAUUUCUGGCUUCUACUGUACACGGAUCAUGGGACAAACGCGCCGGCUGUGGAUUUUGUUGGGGUCUUUUUUUAAUGGAUUUGAGUUUUCAGAGGGAUUUUCCUCCUCUUUUCUAAUAUAUAUUUGUGUGUGUGCAAUAUAUAUAAUAUUAUAUAUUUUUAAAUCGAUGAUGAAUGUGUGACUGUCUCUGUGGCCAGCAGAUUUGGUGAAAGGGCUAGCGUUUUUCUGGCUGCGUUUGGGGUGGUGGGGAAGGGGGCAUUAAAAAACACCCUGGCCUAAGAUUUGGGGUUUUUUUCUCCUUUUUAUAGCAAAGAAAUGCGUUUAUUUUUUAACUGAAUUUAACUUUUUUUGCCCUGAAAUUCCUACCCUGGAGGUCUGGAUUUCAGGGUGCAUUUCCAGCAUUCAGGGCCCUCCCUGCCAAGGGAUGAACGAUGUCCCCUUAGCUUCAUUGCUCCCCACUCCAAACAGGGCUUGAAGCAGCACUGGGGAUGCUCUGCCUGGGAUUGGGGCUGCUUGGAACCAUCUCUUCCUGCAAGCUGCUCCUUGGGGUUGCUGCUUCAGGGCACAUGGUUUACAGAUCUUCAUGUCCCAGUGCUGGUGCUUGUCCUCUCCAUCACUAUCAUCCCCUUCCCUGUGUCAAUAUAAACCCUGAGAGACCCAGCUUGGGCUGAGGGGGGGACAAACCCAGUUCAGCUUUGGUGCCCCCCUGACCUCCAACACCACCAAUCUAUGUAAACUAAGGUGAUUGAUGUUCUCUGUGUCCCCCUCCUCAGUCUUGCUCUGCAAACCACCCCUUGCUCUCUGUGAGCAUCCUUACCCGCUGGGUUUGACAGCUUUGAUGGACAAUUGUAUUUUUAUUCCCUACUUGGUUACUUUGGAUUGUUUCUUGUUUUGAUGUUUUGCAUUUCCCCUUCUUUCUCUCCUUGUUUCAUCCCCUUUAUCUGCCUCUUUUUGGUGCUGUGGGGAAUGGUGAUUUGGUUUUGCAUGGUGUUUAUCCCGCUGGAGAAAAGUCCCCAUUCCUGUAUUAUGGGAAAAAGGGAGCAUCUGCCCUUUCCAUGCCUCUGGGGUGGGCUUUGGGCCCCUGUGGCUGAAGCAAGGCUUUGCUAAAGAGGCAAUCCCUGUGUUGCUUCACUUUACAUGGGGCUUUUCUAUCUCGUUAUUUUCAUGUCCCAAGAUCAACAGCCCUGGUCCCCCCACCAGCUUAUCUUUAAGGUGGACAUUGACUUCAGCUCCCACCAGCAGCCCCUCUACCCUUGUAUUUCUAAGAACAAUCUGUACCCCUCAAACACCCCCAGUUUCCAAUAAAAUUCACCCUCAAACACA